AUGGAUUCUUGGGAAGAAGAGGAGAAGCUCGCGUUCGACCCAGAGAAGUCACGCUAUCUGAUGGCUUUCAACGGAUGGGUGAUGAGUGACAAUCCGUUGAAGAACUUUGCCCUCAAAGACUCGCAGGUGUACCUGCGUCGUGAACUGGUCUGUUGGGGAGACUCGAUAAAGUUGAAUUACGGUGAAAAGCCAGAAGACUGCCCUUACCUUUGGCAGUACAUGAAGGACUACACAGAAAAAUGUGCGCGUAUGUUCCACGGCCUUCGCAUUGACAACGCUCACAGUACUCCCAUCCAUGUUGCUGAAGUAAGCUCCUUCCUUAUCCCGUUUUUUUUUUCUUGA